AUGGACGACUACAGACCUCAAGACGAGUACUUCGAGUGGGAUGAUAUUAUGGUCUACAAAGGGCCAACGGGGGACUACGAUAACCUUCACGACUCCAAGAUCUCAGGAUAUCCCAAAACUCUCGGUCGUUCAUUCGAUGUGGACAGCUCGGACAGCGUUGGGGAAGACUUUGCUUGGAGUGAUGUUAGCUCACUCAGCACGACACCCUCAAGUUUGUCUUCCACCGACAGCCUAUCAUUGUGCUCUUUGAAAGAGGACAAGACCGACGCCGAAAUAGACUUUCCGUCCUACGAUGAUGCCACCACAUGUCAAUCCUGCGUCACCAUCAGCAUUGAUGCUGCGCUCGCGCUCACGGCACCGCCUUCUCCAAUCCUGGAGCCGGUGUCCGAUCCUCUGACUGGGGCGUUGGAAGAUGGAGAACCAUUAUCGAGGACCGUAUCACGUGGCGAGAUCCAUGUGGGUGCCAGAGAUGACUUUGCGCUGAACAUUCAACCAUUUAGGAAUGUGAAUUAUCUCACCCAUGACUGGUGUGAAGAGGACAUUCCAAGUACCUGGAGGUACGUGGUAUCGAGGAGAUCGGACUGGGCGGAGACGGCUACGAGGAGGAAGUCAAUCUGGAAACCAUUCAACAAUAUUCCCAGGUAUGAAAACGCCCUAUGGAGAUCUUGGGCUCAACGAAGAUUUCAACUUAAGACCGUAUCUCCAGAUGUCAUUAAUUGGAUGAAGUCAUCCGAUGAAACAACUCUCUACGGUCCGUUCAUGAUGACGGCCGAUGAGUUCGCACCAGCAACCUCAGUUCUUGCAGACUGUGGUCGAAAAACCAAACUCCGAAGCAAGAAAGCUUCUAAACCACUCCUUAAGCGACCAGCAAUGUCCGAAAUCUUGCUCCGAGGAUCUAUCCCAACUUUCCUAUCCACUCGCCGCAGCAAAGGCGAAACUCACCAAACAGCUUUCCAAGCAAAGCCCAGCUAUGACCCCUCAGUAGCAUGCCCCGGCAUUUCUGCUUCUCAAUUCCAGGAAAUGACCUCCGUGGCGCGCGGCAAACUCGGACUUCUCCGCGCCAAAAAAUCCGUUCGCUUCCUAAAUGAAGUCGAACAAUACGAAAUUAUCAAAGUGCGCGUGAGUUCCAAGAACAGACGCACAUUAAAGAAAGUCGCUUCCACGACUCUCGAUAAGGCAGCUUAUAACCUGCCUGCUCCGAUCAAGACUGUCAACCACUGGAACCCGGACAGUCUCUGGUCUUAUAACCCUGACAACUCUCCCGAAAAGGAGAUCUCAGACGAACCAUGGAUGGGAAUCAUCGGCGAAGAUGAAGAUGCCACUCUAUGCCCAGCUCCGAUCCGUAUCCACAAACAAUUCCCCGCGGUCCCCGACCCACCGCCUCGCUCCAAGCACCACGCGCGUAAAGCGGCGAUCUCGUCCAUCGGCCACGGCUCGCUGGAGAAACAUCUCAGCAACCUCAAAUACGAAGAGGAAGUGGAAGAUGAGCUCGACUACCUGAUCGCGAUCGCGUCGCCGCAAGGCUCGCUCAGUCCCCCGACGUCGGACUCCUCUUCGAGUAACAGCAGUAGUUCGGAAGAGAGUCUCGAGUUCGUGUCGGAUGAGGAUGAGUUCCCGUUCUUCGGGACGGGCGAUAUUGCGGAUGAGAAGGCGAGGAUGGGGAUUAGGGGGAUCGGGGUCAGGAUUGUGAAUGGGGAGGAGAAUGAGGUGGAGAGGGAGUUGUAUCGUGAGAUGGAGGAGUAUGAUUUGGUGCUUGGUUGA